CCGGCCGGCUGGUCGGCGAUUGCCUUUUUGCCACUUUGGUAUUUGCCACACACACAUAUCGCUCCAGCCGACAACGCCAAGACACAGACCAGACAAGACAAGCGAGCAAGAUGGUGCUGGGUGACCUUGGUCGCAAGAUCAAAGGUGCGCUAUGGAACAUGACAAGCGCCACCGUCAUUGACGAGGAGGUCUUUGACGAGCUUGUCAAGGACAUCUGCCGCGCACUCAUCGAGUCUGAUGUGCAAGUUGGUCUUGUGAGCAAGCUUCGCAACAACAUCAAGGCCGCGGUUCAAUUCGAUGAUUCUGGCGCGGGUGUGAACCGACGUCGGCAGAUCCAGCGCGCCGUCUUCACAGAGCUCUGCAAGCUUGUGGACCCUGGCGUCACGCCAUGGAAGCCCAAGAAGAACCAGCCCAACGUCAUCAUGUUUGUUGGUCUGCAGGGCAGCGGAAAGACAACCACAUGCACCAAGCUUGCGUACCACUACCAGCGGCGCGGGUGGAAGGCUUGCCUGGUCUGCGCUGAUACGUUCCGUGCUGGCGCCUUUGAUCAGCUCAAGCAGAACGCAACCAAAGCCCGCAUCCCUUUCUACGGCAGCUACACGGAGAUUGACCCCGUUGUGAUUGCGGCGGAUGGUGUGGAGAAGUUCAAGCAGCAAGGCUUUGAGAUCAUCAUCGUCGACACCAGUGGGCGCCACAAGCAGGAGGAUUCGCUGUUUGAGGAGAUGCUGCAGGUGUCCAACGCCGUCGACCCAGACAACAUCAUCUUCGUCAUGGACGCAACCAUUGGUCAGGCGUGCCAGGGCCAGGCCCAAGCCUUCAAGGACAAGGUUGACGUCGGUGCUGUCAUUGUCACAAAGCUUGAUGGUCACGCCAAAGGAGGUGGCGCGCUGUCUGCGGUUGCGGCGACGAAGAGUCCCAUCGUGUACAUUGGCACGGGCGAGCACAUUGACGACCUGGAGCCCUUCCAGACCAAGUCCUUUGUCAGCAAACUCCUCGGCAUGGGCGACGUCCAGGGGCUCAUGGAGCGCGUCAGUGAGAUUGGGCUGGACAAGCAGAAGGACAUGAUGGAGCGGAUCAAGGCCGGCGUCUUCACCAUGCGCGACAUGUACGAGCAGUUCCAGAACAUCCAGAAGCUCGGCCCCUUCAGCCAAGUCAUGAGCAUGAUCCCUGGGCUGGGCGGGGAUCUGCUUGGCAAGGCCGGGGAGCAGGCGUCGUCGGACCGCCUCAAGCGCUUCAUGGUCAUCAUGCGCAGCAUGACGGACGAAGAGCUUGACAGCGACAACCUUGCGAAGAUGUUCCAAAUGCAGCCGUCACGCGUGCAGCGCGUCGCACGCGGCGCAGGCGUGCAUCCUGGCGAGGUUGAGGCACUGCUGCAACAGCACAAGAAGUUUGCAGAACUCGUCAAGAAGAUGGGCGGCGUCAAGAAUCUGUUCCAGGGCAACUCUGACCGGGUGUCUGCACAGCAGAUGUCGAAGCUCAACCAGUCCAUGGCCAAGAUGAUGGAUCCACGCGUCCUCAAGCAGAUGGGCGGCAUGAAUGGGCUGCAGGGGCUGAUGAAGAAGUUUACUGGCGGUGGCGGCGGCAUGGGAGACCUGAGCCAGAUGAUGGGCGACAUGAUGGGUGGCGGGCAGAUGCCGGCAAUGGGGAACCCCGCCGCAGGCCGGAGGAGAGGCCGCAAGUAGACGCCCCCCCCCCCCACACACACACACACACCUGCCACGCAUUUACAGCCUCUGUGUGUCUCUGUGUCUGUAUGUGUCUCCGUGUGCGCAGUGAAGCCCCUGUUGGAUGUUGUUGUUCUUCCUUCCUUACAAAGCAUGCGGCCUGUUGUUGUGCGGGGUGUCUGUCUUGUCUGUUUACCUUUUUCUUGUCUGUCUUGUCUGUCGUUCGUGGCAUCUUGAUUACAUGGACCCUCUCGACCAAAUGAGCAGACAUCACAUUAAUCCAUCACAUUAAUCCA